AUGCCUGCUUCGCCUCGUGUCCAGCAUAGGACCAUUCAAGUAGACGAGCAUUUCCUUCCGUUUCCUGCAGCCAAGCUCGUUGUCACACAAUAUUUUGCGACUUGCAACGAGACUUUCACCUGGGCGUGGAUCAUAGUUGGAGCCUUUUACGAUCGUCACAGUCGACCUCUCUGGAGCACAGAAAUACUGAUUAGCCAAAUUGACAACGAUUUGGACUCGGACGGCGGUGAAUCUACUGCUGACUCUGCUAGCGAGUCUACAGAUUCUUGUUACGAUAGCGAGGAACAAGAACCAGACCCUGUGGCCGGUUCGGCAGCAGAAGAGAAUCUGAACGUUGACUUGCCAGUCUCCCACACAGCCUACUCUCAUCCAUUUCUUCUCCCCACACCGGCAGCUUCUAUUGCCACGUAUAUUGCUCCGCCGGCUUGGGAUCCGGUUUCUCAAGGGCCAGUUCCCGGUCACUGGCAGGCAAGCUUCGACGUUGGCUCAGGAUUCUCUUACACUAUGCACCCGUUAGCAAGUCCGGGAGUGUACCCCGCUAGCUAUGUGCCCCAAGCCGGCCCAGCGGGCGGGUAUUACACUCAACAGACCUUCUCCUACCAGCCCAACGGAACGGGCAAUAUCCUCCCACGCCAGCCGCAGCCUUGGCCUGCGAUCGAUCCCACGAUGCCCGCCGCGCAAAUGACUAACUCGACAGGAGGCGUGGGUUGCGAGCCCGGUUAUAACCUGUUCUUUGCCGCCGAGCACACGAAGGCCCAUGUUUUUCGAUCCAACAUUCCCCCCUGGCAGCUGCCCGCCACGGCUCAGCUUCCCUUCAAAGCCGUCCAUAUCCCUUGCAACACGACCCUCGAGGAGUUGCUCAAAGGCUUUGGCUGUACUAACCCUGUGCCGAAGAAGAACAAGGUGUUUGAAAUCCAGAGCGCUGGUGGUGGGAAGUGGUAUAAAGGUCUGGAAGUAAAUGGCGGAAACAAGGAUCUCAUGAAGAAGUCUAUCAAGGAAAUUGGGUGGGAUGCCACAAGGACUGGAAAUCCACGUGAGAAGCCAGUCGUGUGUUUGUGGUUUUGCAAGGACUAA